UCUGUAUUUAAAGAGAAUUACAAUCAGAUUUUCAUUUUUUCUUUUCUGGGUCAUUUUGUUUUUCUUUUUUAAAUUUUAGUAAUAUAAUUUUCCUAGUGACUUCUGCUUUAUAUCUGUACACUGUCACAAAGAACUUUCUUUUUCUUAGCUGUUGUUUCUUUCUUUUGCCACCAUUUCUUUUUUCAUGGUCUCUCAUUUUAUCAUUUGUUGCCUUCACCCUACAUAUGGAGAAAAGACUUCUCUUUUUACUGCUUUCAUUCUCUCUACUUCUUCUUUUAGACUCCUCCUCUGCCCAGGUGCAAGGUUUUGUGAGUUUGGACUGUGGGGGUAAUACAAAUUUCACUGAUGAACUUGGCCUCCAGUGGACUUCUGAUGAUUUUCUUAAUUACGGAGAAACAGCUAGCAUAUCUGUUUCAAAUGAGACAAGGAAGCAGUACACAACACUCAGGUAUUUUCCUGCUGAUUCCAAGAAGUACUGUUACAAGCUUAAUGUUGUAAGCAGGACUCGGUACCUUGUAAGGGCAACUUUCUUGUAUGGUAAUUUUGACAACAACAAUGUUUAUCCAAAAUUUGACAUUUCCCUUGGGGCUACUCAUUGGUCUACAAUUGUUAUAUCGAAUGCUGGUACCAUAGAGAAAGCAGAGCUUAUAUUUCUGGCUACUAGCCCUACUAUUAGUGUCUGUUUAUCCAAUGCUACAACUGGGCAGCCAUUCAUAUCUACCUUAGAGCUCCGACAGUUCAACGGUUCAAUUUAUUACACUGCAUAUGAAGAAAGUUUUUAUCUCAGUGUCUCUGCCAGAAUCAACUUUGGUGCAGACAGUGAAGCUCCAGUUAGGUAUCCUGAUGAUCCAUUUGAUAGAAUAUGGGAAUCAGAUUCUGUGAAGAAAGCAAAUUACCUUGUUGAUGUUGCUGCUGGCACUAAGAAAGUAUCAACCAACAAGUCAAUUGACAUUAGCAGCAAUGAAAGGCCGCCUGAAAAAGUGAUGCAGACUGCUGUAGUUGGUACAAAUGGAUCACUAACUUAUCGCUUGAACUUGGAUGGUUUUCCUGGUUAUGGCUGGGCAUUCACAUACCUUGCAGAAAUUGAAGAUUUGGCUCCAGAUGAAUCCAGAAAAUUUAGGCUAGUGCUACCAGGCCAGCCUGAUUUGAGCAAAGCUAUUGUUAAUAUUCAGGAAAAUGCCCAAGGAAAAUAUCAUGUUUAUGAACCAGGAUAUCCUAACAUAUCCCUCCCCUUUGUAUUAUCAUUUAGAUUUGGGAGGACAUCCGAUUCUUCCAGGGGUCCACUUUUGAAUGCUAUGGAGAUAAACAAGUAUCUGGAGAAAAAUGAUGGUUCUGUGGAUGGAGCAGUUAUUGCUAAUGUGGUCACACUCUACUCAUCAGCUGACUGGGCACAGGAAGGUGGUGACCCAUGCUUGCCGGUUCCAUGGUCAUGGGUGCAGUGUAACUCUGAUAGACAGCCAAAGAUAGUUUCGAUCCUUUUAUCCAGCAAGAAUUUGACAGGGAAUAUCCCCUCAGAUUUGACAAAGUUGAGUGGCUUGGUUGAGUUAUGGCUUGAUGGGAAUUCCCUGACUGGGCCGAUACCAGAUUUUACUGGAUGUGUGGACCUAAAGAUCAUUCAUCUUGAAAACAAUCACUUGACGGGUGAGCUACCUUCGUCUUUAAUGAACCUACCAAACUUGAGGGAACUGUAUGUGCAGAAUAAUAUGUUAUCUGGAAGAGUACCAUCAGGCCUUCUGAGCAAAGACUUGGCUUUCAACUAUGCUGGAAACAUUAACCUUCACGAGGGGGGUGAAAGAGGGAGACACCUUACUAUUAUUAUUGUUGGUUCAUCAGUUGGAGCUGUUGUUCUGCUCAUAGCUACAAUUUUGUCUUGCCUUAUUUUGCGCAAGGGGAAGAAAAAACAUGAACAAGAACAAUUUCAUCAUUCUUUGCCUAUUCAAAGCCAAAGAAUUGCUUCUUCCUUGAGUAAUGCUCCAGCUGAAGCUGCUCAUUGCUUUACAUUACCUGAGAUUGAAGAUGCUACGAAGAAUUUUGAGAAGAAAAUUGGUUCUGGAGGCUUUGGAGUUGUAUACUAUGGGAAAAUGAAAGAUGGGAAGGAAAUUGCAGUAAAAGUUCUCACUAGUAAUUCCUUCCAAGGAAAGAAGGAAUUUGCAAAUGAGGUGAGUCUUCUUUCAAGGAUACAUCAUAGGAACCUGGUACAGUUUCAUGGGUAUUGUCAAGAAGAUGGGAGAAGUAUGCUUGUUUAUGAGUUCAUGCACAAUGGAACUCUCAGAGAACAUUUGUAUGGCCCUUUAACGCGGGAACGUGGUAUCAGUUGGAUAAAACGCCUUGAGAUUGCUGAAGAUGCGGCAAAAGGGAUUGAAUACCUUCACACGGGCUGUGUUCCAGCCAUUAUCCAUAGGGAUUUAAAAACUAGCAAUAUUCUUCUUGACAAGCGCAUGAGGGCAAAGGUUUCGGAUUUUGGGCUUUCAAAGCUUGCAGUAGAUGGAGCUUCACAUGUGUCAAGCAUAGUUCGGGGAACUGUGGGUUAUCUGGACCCCGAGUAUUAUAUCUCCCAGCAAUUAACAGAUAAAAGUGAUGUCUAUAGCUUUGGUGUUAUUCUUCUAGAACUGAUGUCUGGUCAGGAAGCCAUAUCUAAUGAAAGCUUUGGUGUUAAUUGCCGUAACAUAGUGCAAUGGGCAAAGAUGCAUAUUGAGAGUGGGGAUAUUCAAGGAAUCAUUGAUCCUUCCCUAUGCAAUGAUUAUGACAUACAAUCAAUGUGGAAGAUAGCAGAGAAAGCUUUGAAUUGUGUGCAACCCCAUGGACAUAUGAGGCCAUCGAUAUCGGAAGUUCUCAAGGAGAUCCAAGAUGCUAUCUUAAUCGAAAAGGAAGGGAUGGUAGUGAGAGAAGGUAACUCUGAUGAUAUGUCUAGGAACUCUGCCAAUUCUUCCUUUACCCCUGUUUCCUUGGAUUUGGCUGGAACUGAUAAUUACCUGUCCUUAGAUGACUCCAUUGCACGGCCAGCAGCACGAUAGUCUUUUGUUUAUUCAUGUACAAAGAGACAAUCCCUUCUGUCCCCAUCUGUUUUCCUAUUCUUUGUUAAAUUGCUGGAAUCUUCAACCAUGCUUUAGGUUUCAGGAAACUACUCCGGCAACCCACCCCGAAAUGGAGGAAAGAUAAAAAGAACAGAUGAUCUCAAAGACAGAAUAGGGCCAAGUUUUUCAGCUUGUAAAUUUUGAGGUUGUUUCAUAGUACAACUUCAUUUUGCAUGAUGAAAUCUAUGUUCUUUACAAGGGAAAAAAACCAUUCUAAAUGAUAUCAAAUCGAUUAAAUUGAAGUAUCCAACAACUUCAUGUGGAAGAGAUGGUUUUUCAUCUAUUACUGGAUUGAUUUUAGGUUUGAUAGAUCACUAUCCAUGCAAUUUUGACAUGGUUUUCUCCAUGCUUAGCUUGCAUGGGACAUGUAUGAUUUCUUUUCAUAUUGCAUGGUGAAAUGUACAAUUGAGGAUUUGGUAAGCAAGUUGCAUCUGAUUUGAUUGAAACAUUGGGGAUGAAGGGGGCCAAGCCACCCAUAAAAUGGUGGCAAAUUUGUGAUUAUAAGUGUGGACUAGCUCGGAAGUAGCUAUCUCUUGUUGGAAAGGCAAAGACAUGUUGAAACUUGCAACUGGUAUGAAACAAAGAAAGAUACUUCCUUACCAAAAAAAAAAAAAAAAUGAAAGAUACUUCGGUUAAGAAGUUUACCAUGUGUUUGACGGCCCACCAUGUUUGGUACACCAUCACAUCACC